UCAAGCUCUCUCUCUUUCUCUCUCUGUCUCUCUCUCUCUCUCUCUCUAACUUCUGUUUUGUCUUCGCUCUUUCGGUGAAGAAUAAUAGCGAAGGGUGGUUUCUGUCUGAUCUCACUUUUUUUCUCUAGGGUUUGUUCGAAUCAAGGGCUCGGGCGCGAGAUCCAGGUUUUGAAUUGGAUUUCUGCUGAAGGAUAAACCUCCUUAGUAGGGUUUUUUCGCACAUUGUAUUUCAGUUGUUCGCGUCGAUGUACUUAUUUAGCUUCGAUUCGAUCUAGGGUUUUCACGUCUGGGGGUUUUUGCUCGAAGGAGCUUAGGUUGUUUCCUAGUAAGUAUUUAUUUAUUUUUUCUUUUCUUGAAUCAAUUUUAGGAUUUUUUUUUUCUAUCGUUGAAAGUUUUUGGGCGAUAGGGAAAGAUUAUUAUUUUUUUUUUUGGGAUUUCUGGUCGCAUUCUAGGUUUAAUAUUUUGUACUUUAGGCUUUUGGGAGGGUUAAUAUUGAUUGAAUUCAGUGCACUCGGGAUUCUCAGGCUUAUAUUCAAUUAACAUUCAGAAUAAAGGAUCAAUAAUGUCUAAGGAAAGGAACCAUUGCUGCUGUUGAGUUGAAAUUAUUGUUCUAUUGAUCUCAUUCCUGAAAAUUUUAAAAAUUUUGAAAAAAUGGAUCCUGUAGAGAAAUUAAAGCGAAUUAUAUUGUGAAACAGAAGCUGAGCGUUGCCUUGAUAUUGCACCUUUUGGAUGUCCAGAUUUUUUGAAAGUGAAGCUGAGGAUGAAAAUUUAUUUUCGAAGUUGACAUGUGCAUUUAUUGGGUGUUAAUCUUAUGGCACCAACUGUUCCUAUAGAUUUUGUUGGACAGAAGGUAUCAAAGAAGUGUUGGCUUUCACAACCAAUGGGUAAAUCGAGGAAGUACUCUAAAGGGCAUUCCUCUGGUUUUAUUCCUGAUUACCGGCAUGCUGUUGAGACUGUGGGUGAAUCAGAGGGUUUUGGGAGUUCUGGGCGAGUUGACACUGAGAUGACAGCAUCAGAAGAUUCCUAUGCUCCCAAGAGAAAAAGUAUGAGUCUGAAUCUAGAUGGUUAUGAUAGUUUUGGUGUUCCAAUGCAAGUCUUUUCAUUGUCCAAGAUGUCAAGGUCAGAGAGGAAGGAUUUAGAAUUUAGGUUGAAAAGAGAACUUAAUCAGGUCAGGGUCCUUCAUAGGAAAGUGGAUUUUUUGAGUUCCAAUGCAGUUGUAUUGUCGCCUUCUAGUGAUAUUAGAAGUUGCAGUGAUGGUCAAAAGAGGCCUCCGCUGGGGGGCAUACAUAAUUCUUUUGAAGUAUCUGCUCCACAGAGCAGGAAACGAGCUCCUCCUGGUCGUACUGGGGCCCAAACAAAAAAGAGCACAUAUAGGCGUCCUGAACCAGCAAAGCCAGCUGCACAAGUGAGUACUUCUAAUACAAUGUUGAUGAAACAGUGUGAAACCUUGCUAAACCGUAUGAUGGCACAUCAAUUUGGUUGGGUUUUCAAUGCACCAGUUGAUGUGGUCAAGUUGAACAUACCAGAUUAUUUCACUGUCAUUAAAAAUCCAAUGGAUUUGGGCACGGUGAAGAGCAAGAUUGCUUCAGGUGCAUAUUCAAGUCCACUGGAGUUUGCUGCAGAUGUGCGAUUAACUUUCUCAAAUUCAAUGAAGUACAACCCGCCAGGCAAUGAUUUUCAUUUCAUGGCUGAGACACUAAGUAAAUAUUUUGAAGCGAGAUGGAAAGCUAUAGAGAAGAAGCUUCCUGUGACCAUUAAUGUGGAGUUGGUGCCUCCAAGAGCUGGUGUUGCUAAGGAAAUGGAAACAAAUAUGGGUACACAUCCUGCAAAAAAGAAGAAAGUUGCACCAAAUGACAAUAAGGUCAAGUUGGAGCCUGCUAGACGGAUAGUGACUGAUGAGGAUAAGCACAAGUUGAGUACUGAAUUGGAAGCAUUGCUGGGUGAAUUGCCUGAAAGCAUUAUUGACUUUCUAAAAGACCAUAGUCAUCAUGCUGAGCAGACAGGUGAGGAUGAAAUUGAGAUUGAUAUUGAUGCUCUCAGUGAUGAUACAUUGUUUAAAUUGCGGAAGCUUUUGGAUGAUUAUUUACUCGAGAAACGGAAAAACCAGGCCAAAGCAGAAGCAUGUGAAAUGGAGCUUCUUAAUGAGUCUGGAUUUAGCAAUUCGUCAUUGCAACCUUGCAAAGGCAAUGAACCAGUUGAUGAAGAUAUAGAUAUCGUUGGUGGAAACGAUCCUGCUAUUUCAAGUUACCCUCCAGUAGAGAUAGAGAAAGAUGCAGCCCAAAAGAACAGUAAAUGCAGUAGUUCAAGUAGUGAAUCAGGCUCUUCUUCUGGUGAUUCAGAUUCAGGUAGUUCAUCUCGCAGUGAAUCUGAUGCAGCUAAAGCUUCAGUUGCUGGUGCUCUGACCAAGAAGGUUGUGGGAUCUGGAGAAAAUUUAGAUGAAAAGAAAAGUGGUCUUGAUGAUCCAGAAAUCGGGAAUCAAUCUGCAAAUGGAUUGGCCAAAAUUGAUCCAAAUUCACAAGGGGAGAGUGCUCCACCUGAGAGACAAGUCUCCCCGGAUAAGCUCUAUCGUGCAGCUUUAUUAAGGAACCGUUUUGCAGACACCAUAUUGAGGGCUCGAGAAAAGGCACUUGAAAAGGGUGAAAAGUGGGAUCCUGAGAAAUUGCGGAUGGAGAGGGAGGAACUUGAGCGGCGGCAAAAAGAAGAAAAGGCUCGGAUGCAAGCUGAGGCCAAGGCUGCUGAAGAAGCUCGAAGGAAAGCUGAAGCUGAAGCAGCAACUGAAGCAAAAAGGAAGAGGGAGCUGGAAAGAGAAGCUGCACGUCAAGCAUUGCAACAGGUGAAAGCUAACAUAUUAUUUUAUGUGAAGGCCGACUCGACACCAGCGAAUUUGAAUAAAAUUUUUGGUUCUUUGCAGAUGGAAAAGACUGUUGAUAUUAAUGAGAACUGUCAGUUUAUGGAAGAUCUUGAAAUGCUAAGGACUGCUCACGAUGAAGAGUUACCGAGUUUCAUGGAGGAGACAAGCCCAGAUUUCACGCUUCAGGGGAGUAUUAACCCACUGGAACAACUAGGACUAUACAUGAAGAAAGAUGAUGACGAGGAAGAAAUUGAACCACCCCAAAGUGUUUCAGAGCUGGAGAAAGAUGUUGAGGAAGGAGAGAUUGACUGAUGAGGCUUUUGUUUAUAUUAUUCUGUCAAUUCAAGGAUUUUACAAAAUGGCUCUUCUGAAAGCUCUCUUCCAUGGUUCAGUUUUAUGGGAAGAUUAUGCUGUUACUCGUUCCUAAUAAGAUUCUCAGGAGAAACAUGAUCAGCAGUAUGGAUUGGCUGGUAUCUGUGUUGAUUCUCAGUCUUGGAAAUUGGGUUGAAAUUUGGGAUAUGAUUGGCCAUGCAAUUGACUGCUGUGCUGGGGGCUUAGUAAUGAGGAGCAAAGGAAAAGGGGUGAUUUCGCUUGGUGGUUAUUGUAGUUUGUAUGGACUGAUGCACUUUUUAUCUGGCAUCUUAUUAGUGUUGAGCAGACAAAAUCGAUUUGGUGUUUAGAGUUGAUGGAUUGGGAGAAGGGUGUAGGAUGAUGUAAUGUCCGUUUUAGGCAGGAGAGUAGACCUAGGAAUUGUAACAUAGUCAAAGAGUUGAAAAUGGCAUUUAAAUUUUUUCUUUUUUUUUUUUUUUUUCUGAAACGCUAUUGUGUCGGUCCUCAAUAUUUAUACACUUCAAAAUUUUCCCCUUUCCCUUUUUUAGUUUAA